AUGGGGUUAUUGGGAAUCAGGUUUCAUCCUAGGGAUGAAGAGCUUAUUCGUUAUCUACUCAAAUUCGUUUCAUGCAAGAAUUACUCGUGUGAUAAUAUUCGACUUGACGAUCUUUAUGGGAACAAGAAGCCAUGGGAGAUAUUCGAAAGCAAUUCGACAGGAGGGGAUGGAGAUGCUAAAAACGUUAAAUAUUUCUUUACUAAGUUGAAGAAGAAGAAAUCGGAUGGUAGGAGGUUUAUCCGGACCGUGAUUGGAGGAGGAUCAUGGAAGGGGCUCGACGGCGAAAAAUCAGUUUAUGAUGGAUUAAAGUUAGUUGGAUCGAAGAAGAAUUAUAGAUAUCAAUACAAAGGUUAUCAAGCUGAUGAUGUUGUUUGGACUAUGAGAGAAUACAGUCUCGAUGAGAAGAUCCUAAAGGCGUUAAGGCGACGGGGUUUAAUUCAAUAUGAGGACGUUGUUUUGUGUUGCGUUAAGCGUAAGAUUAAUGUGCAUGCUCGAGAUCAUAAGGAAUUGGGAGAUUGUAUGCCUAUGGAAAUUACCAGUGGAGACGAGGUUGUUGCUGCUGCCAUGGAUGCCACGCUUCAGACAACUCAACAAUACGAUUCGUGUCUAUUAAAUCGAUUCACAUCAUCUGAUGAACAUAAUAAUGUGUUUCAUGAGUUGCAGCAAGAUCAAAAUAGUGAGCAAUUGAUCAAUCAGGUGCAGAAUAUUGAAGACAUGGCACCUUUUGCUCAAAAUCAUAAUGGCUAUGUUGCAAGUUAUAUCGAGCAAGGGACAGUGAAUUUCCAGGAUUCGUGUCCGGUUUAUCCAUCCACGUUAUCUGAACACAACGCGUUUCAAGAGUUGCAACAAGAUCAAAAUAGUGAACAAGUAAACGUCGUCCAAGGAAACAAUAUUGAAGAGAUAGUGCCUUUUGCUCAGUAUCAUAAUGACGAUGUUACAAGUUAUUCGGUGGAAGGAGCAACAAAUUUUCAAGACUAUACAGGGGCUAAUUUUUCAUCAACAUUGGCUGAUCUGCAGAACGAUAGUGGAACACAGCCCCAGUUGCCUAUCUGCAUUAAUGUACAUGCUCGUGAUCAUAAGGAAUUGGGAGAUUAUAUGCCUAUGGAAAUUCCUAUUGGAAACGAGGUUGUUGCUGCCAUGGAUGGCACGCUUCUGACAACUCAACAACAUGAUUCGUGUCUUUUAAAUUCAUUCACAUCAUCUGAACAUAACAAUGUGUUUCAUGAGUUUCAACAAGAUCAAAAUAGUGAACAAUUGAUCAAUCAGGUGCAGACUAUCGAUGAGAUGGUGUCUUCAGCUCAAAAUCAUAAUGACGAUGUUACAAGUUAUUCAGAGAAAGGGGCAACAAAUUUUCAAGACUAUGACAUUGAUUGUUACACAGGGGCUGAUUUCUCAUCAACAUUGGCUGAUCUGCUGAACGUUAUUGGAACGCAGCCCCAGUUGCCUAUCUGCAUUGAUGAAUCUGGAUGCAAUUAUCAACUUCCUCAGCAGCUUGGAAGUACUUGUAUGGUACUUAAUGAAGGAAAUACUGAUGUUGCCGCAUUUGUGUCUGAUCAGUGGUCAGCGUGUUGUGAGGAUCAAGUGCAGAAUCUUGAAGAGGCAGCACCUAUUACUUUUACUGAGCCAACGGCCCCGUUAGCCAUAAACAGUGACGAGUGCUUCUCAAUGGAGGGAUUAUUUGACAUUGAUGACUUUAUUGCAGCAGACUUCAGUUGGGCAUCUGAUUUGUUUGAUUAG